AUGUCGCUCUCGCGUCCCAUCCGCAUGCUUCUUCUUGGAGCGCCCGGGUCUGGCAAAGGAACCCAGACGUCUCGUCUUCUUCGAGCUUUCCCCAACAUCAAACCUUUAUCGUCCGGCGACACUCUCCGGGCUGAGAUUGCCAGCGGCUCGCCCAUCGGAUCCGAGGCGUCUCAGUACAUUGACAGAGGAGAGCUUGUUCCCGAUAAGACCAUGGCGGAUCUUAUCACCACCCAGUUGAAAUCACGCCAUUGGCUCAACCCUUCGGCGUCUUGGCUUUUGGACGGGUUCCCUCGCACCCGGGGCCAGGCGGAAACCAUCUCGCCGCUUUUGCGCGAGAGCAACGCCAACUUGAAUCUUGUUGUGGAGUUGGACGUCGAUCCGUCGGUGAUUUUGCGCCGCAUCGAGGCCCGCUGGGUCCAUGCCGCCAGUGGCCGCGUAUACAAUUUGGAUUACAAUCCGCCCAAGAAGCCGUUUGUCGACGAUUUCACAGGGGAGCUGUUGGUCAAGCGGAGCGACGACACAGCCGAGGUUUUCCAGAAACGUUUGGAUGUGUAUGAAAAGGAGAUUGUGCCCUUGCGAGAGUUUUAUCAGCAGCAAGGCGUGUUGCACACUGUGAGCGGAGACACUUCUGAUGAGAUUUUCCCGAAGUUGAAGAAAAUUGUGGAGGAGGUAGGAAAUGCCCUGAGCUGA